GUGGCAUCAUCCCAGUGUAGAGAGGUCUACCCCGAUCUUCACUCUCUCACUCCCCCUCCCUUCCUCUUUCUGUAUCUCUCACUGAUCCCACCACAGUGUAGUAAAGCGGAUAGGCAGCUAAACAAACAGCGGAAUCUUUUCAGAGAAGACGGCGACAGAGCUCAGAGCUCAUCGGUUCCCAGCUUCUGUUCCCUGCGACAAGUGGAUUUCAACCAAGGUUUAAAUACUGCAGCAUCAGGAGCGCUUACACUUGACGUCUGCAGACCUGGUACGGCGAUCACACCUGAUUCGCUGCACAAGACGCCAAGGGGGGAAAGCAGGGUCCCUGAUUCCUCUGCUGAACAGCCUAAGCUUGCAACACGUCUUCGACUGUAAAUCUAUUCGAACAAAAGGGGGACAUCUCCUAUGAACUAGGAACAGAGGCGUCCCGAGAUUGAGUGGGAAAGACGCAUCGAGGAUCAGGGAAGGACCUGCAAAAGGGAGCCUCAGACAGCAAGGCAGCUGCAUGUCCUAACCCUGUCAUACCCCUCCACGGCUAACAAGACGAGCCAAUACGACCACGCAGAUUCAACAGAAAGGACUCCAGCAGUUGUCCUUCAAUUCAAGGUCAGCGUGUAAAAUGCAUCAGGCACUAACUCAGCUAUACUGGAUAUGAGCAAAUAUGGGGACUCUGCAAGAAACCAUGAAAAGUCAACAGCUUUGACAGCCCAAAAGGAAAUCCAUUUUUUGCAUAUGCGAAAGAUCUGUACUCUCAAUAGCGGACUUGCAUAAGAAUCCAGCCUUAUUUCCCUUUAUUUUAAAACAACUCCUCUUCACUACCAUCAUGAAGAGUGUAUUGACUGCCCUCACUCCUUCCUGUACCACCCUCCUCUUCCUUCCCUUUUUCAUGCUCUUAUGCCCGCCAGCAUUGGUCAGAGGUGACUGCUGGCUCAUUGAGGGGGAUAAAGGCUAUGUGUGGUUGGCCAUCUGCAGCCAGAACCAGCCCCCAUAUGAGACAAUUCCACAGCACAUCAACAACACAGUGCAUGAUUUGCGACUUAAUGAGAACAAGAUCAAAGCAAUUUUUUUCACCUCCUUGAGUCGCUUCACCAAUCUGACUGACCUCAACCUCACCAAGAAUGAGAUCUCAUACAUUGAAGAUGGUGCUUUUGCAAGCCAAGCAAAUCUACAGGUGUUGCAACUUGGAUAUAACAAGUUAACCAACCUGACUGAAGGCAUGUUGCGCGGUCUGGGACGUAUGCAGUGUCUUUUCCUGCAGCAUAAUCUCAUAGAAGUCAUCGCAACCAAUGCAUUCUGGGAGUGUCCCAGCCUCAGCAACCUGGACCUGUCAUCAAACAAGCUUGCCCGGCUAGAUCCAUCCACUUUCACUGUGUUGGGCAGGCUCAUGGGAUGUGAGCUUGCAGGAAACCCUUUCCACUGCGGCUGUGAGCUCUACAGUUUUCUCACAUGGUUAGAGGCCUUCAACAAUGUCACACACACCUAUGAUCGACUUCAGUGUGAGACCCCAAGGGAGCUCUUUGGUUAUCCAUUGCUGAGUCCUGUGGCUGGACAUGGACGGAGUGCUCGCUAUAUCCUUUCCUCUGUGUGCCGGGAUGGGGUGCUGAUUCCAGGGAUGACAUCUCUGCCACCUGAUCCUGAUUCUUCUGGCAUUGGUCCUGACAUGUUUGACCACAUCGGACCAUACUAUCAGCCCACAACAUCCUCCUCAUCUGACAAUGCAUUUAGUCCCAGCAUCAGACUGCAACAUGUUUCUCUCUCCUCUGCAUCUCUUCUGAUCCAGAUUCCAAAGCCAUACAGCAAGAUGUACAUCUUGGUGCAGUAUAAUCAGAGCUUUGUGUCAGAUGUGAUGACCUUGAAGAAUAAAAAGGAAAUGGUCACUCUUAAUAAGCUCAAACCAAACACCAACUACACCUUCUGCGUGGCAUCUAUACGCAACUCACAGCGCUACAACCACACUUGUUUAUACUUCUCUACCAGAGCUCCAAAUCCCGAUGACUUGAUGCCUCCACCCUCCACGACCACCCACUACAUCAUGACCAUUGUUGGCUGCCUCUUUGGAAUGCUGAUUGUUCUCGGGUUUGUCUACUACUGCUUGCGAAGACGACGCCGCCAGGAAGAGAAAGAGAAAUCUAUAUGUGUAAAGAAGACCAUUCUGGAAAUGCGAUACGGACCAGAGGUGGCAGCGGCAGUUGCAAAUGACCCCACGGCCGUCCAGAAACUUCAUGAGCAAAGCCACCAUCAGCAUCACCAUGGUAAACUACCCAUGUCCUCCUCCUCCAGCUCUGCCAUGCUUGGCCAUGGUUCUGCCAACACAAGUUCCUCACGUCUGUCCUCCAUCCCUCAAGUAGAGAAGAUGGCAACUGCCUUCUCAGAGGCUAUGGCCACUAAGGGCAACUAUAUGGAUAUUAGAACCUCUGUAGGAGGAGAUGAAAGGGGGAGAGAUGGAGCUGUGGUACACGGUAUUCUUGAGGAAGACCUCAGGGGGGAUGAUGGAAGUGACCUGGGUGAUGAUUCAGAUGAUGAUGGCCGUGGAUCAGCAUCUGAGAUUUCAACAAUUGCAAUGGAGGUUGACAAGGUAAACCAGAUAAUUAACAACUGUAUUGAUGCCCUUAAGCUGGACUCAGUAGGAACCUCUACUGUUUCCACAACAGCAAGUGGUCCCACCUCACCCCCACCUACCUCUACCUCCUCCCUGACCAGAGGACUAAUUCCCAUAUCUACCAGUGUCAGUGAUACUUGUCAAAUCUUGCCUUCCCCAAAAAUUCCUCCUCCACCCCCUCUUCCCUUCACCACUCCUCUGUCCGAGAGACCUGGGAUCACAGGAGGUGGCUUUGUGUCACCGCCAUACCGUCCACCUCCCCCUGCUUCUGCAGUGAGGCCUAUUCAAAGACAGAUGAGUGCAGAUGCAGCUGUUAUCGUCUCUUCUUCCAAGAGGCACUGUCGCCCUUCCAGUGGGAAAGGUCGCGUUUACAGCCUGGAUGUUCCAGAACCCCACAGCCCAGAUCCCUGCCAGUAUCCAGACAAGGGCAGCCCACUGGGCUGUGGUGAGCCCCUGGAGAGGCUUCCUUUAGUAGGUAGUGGUGGAGGUGGUGGCUGUAGCAUUGAUGGUGGUACUGUAGAUGGGAUGGCCCUUCAGCAGCACCUGGAGGUGCACCCAGACUACCACUGUGCAGAACAUCGCCACUCAGUCCCUGCCCUUUACUAUGAGGGCUCCCAUGACUCCCCAGCCCAAAGGGUCUCUUUUCUCAAGCCUCUGUCACGCACUAAGAGAGACGCUGCUUCCUACUCUCAGCUCUCUCCCCGCCACCACAAUUAUUCUGGCUACUCCUCGAGUCCAGAGUACUCCUCCGAGAGCACCUUGCGCAUCUGGGAGCGCUUCCGUCCCCACAGAAAGGGUCCGCGCGAGGAGUCCUGUUAUGUAACAGCCGGAAACGCCUUGCGCAAAAAGGUCCAGUUUGCCAAGGGUGAGGACUUGCAUGACAUCCUUGACUACUGGAAGGGUGUGUCGGCACAGCAAAAGCUGUAAUCUAUGCGACUGCGUGGAAACACAGCGCAGGUCUCCUUCACUGCCUGAUAAACUGGAAGAGCGACUAUAGUGAGACGUUGGGUUAAGGCUGCAGUGUGCAAAACAGAGCCAAGUUUGUCAUGGUUUGAGGACAGGUUGUUUUAAUCUGUUUUUGUACAGUGAGCCAGCAAGAGAGUAAAAGAGCCUGAGAAUAAACUAUAUACAUAGGAUAACAUUCAGAGAUUAAUGUUUGUAAUUUGACACACUGACCAUUGUCGUGCUCAGUGAAAAAGGUCAAAUGGGCUUAUCAUUGGUCAAUAAUAAUUGUAAUUUACUCAGCAUUCAUCUGUGUAUUUAUCGUUCAUAUCAAUGGUGAGACCUUUAUAACCUGAGUCCUCAUUCUGGCUAAGACAGAAUCUCUGUUUAUACUCCUACUCGAAUCACAGGCCAUCGCAUUCAUUUGUUAGGCGGGAAUGUGUAUGAGUGUGUGUUUUUGGAGGAUAAAAUGAUGUGCUGAUUUUCUACUAAUCUGUCAAAAGCAGUUUCCCCCUUCCAUAUUGCAUAGACUAUGCACAGAGCAACCAAAUUUACAUUUCAAUAGCACUCCUCAUGUGAAAAAUAAAGGAAUGGAGGGAAGGAAAAGAUAAAAAAUGAAACAGAAGAAUAUCCCUGGGGAGCUUUGGAAUAGUCAGCCGUGUUUGGCAGCUGCUUGCUGUGCUGAGCAGGAUGACAUAAAUAGUGCAAGGGGUGCUAGAGAAAAUACUGUAGAUUUACUAGGGUCUGAAAAUGCGUAGAUCUGUGUUGGAGAUUAAAUAGACAUAGCUCUGUGCAUCUCUCAUCACUGAUGCAUUAUUAAUAGCAUUUCCUUAUCCGAGGUUACCUUGUCACCUGUAUCACAGCAUGAGCACAAAGUGGCUGUUGGCAGCAGAGGUUUAUGUAUUCUGUUCCUCUGCCCUAAGGUCAAUUUGUUUAGUUCAUUAAUUGGCUUUUGGAAGCCUGUUGCUGACAGCUGAGACAUUCAACAGGCAAAGUGACCUAGACCCUUUUAAACCGAUGCUUUAUAUGACGUGCUUAUCUGAGCUUUUGUUUGUUUGUUUAUUUAAAAAGUGGGGGUAUAAUUAUUUAUGAUGCUGACAUUGAAAAUACGACAAAAUAGCAAGGAGCAAGAAUUAAUUAAGUUAUAUAAAAAAUACAAAUAAUUUAUUUUUUAUGAAUAGAUAUUUUAUGCUCUUGUUAUCACUUACCGACCUUGGGUUUUAAGCUCUUCCCACUUAAUCUCAAAUAUAGAUCUCAUAGGACUUUUCAUCUUGUAAUACAUUAUUAAUGGUGUGAUUCAUUGUAAAAAUGACAAAUAUUAUUAACUCCCAACACCUCUGUCAGCCAUUAUUUUAUUAAUGUCCAGUUAGAUUAGACUAACUAAUUAGCAAUUAACCAAGGCUAUAUCCUUUAGUGUGCAAGGGUAAGCAGCCAAGACCUCCAAUUUGAUUAAAAGAGAUCACUCUUUCUUCUUUUCUCAGCAACCACAUUCAGUCUACAGUUUCAUGGACCAGUAAACCAAAAAAUUAGAUUAGUGGCACUGUGGGAAAAUAUACAUCCGUUUACAAUGCACUCUCAUACUGUAAGUAUGAAGUGACAGGUGAGACAUCCAACGGGCACAUGAAAUUAAAUGAAUGCUGUUUACUCUGUGACGUAUCAUUAUACCCAAACCCCCCUCUAAAUACAUGGCUUAAAGGGACAGUUUCUCCUAAAGUAUUAAAAUUCUGUACUCAGUCUUGUGCUGUUCCAAGACUGUAGGAACACAAGAGGUGACAUUUUGUUUUCCAUACAUAUACAAUGAAUGUGGACUGAGCUUUCAAACUUCAAAAAGUCUGUUUCUCAAUACUACUGUGUGUCCUCAGAAGACUGUAGAAGAAUGUAGCAUAUGAGCCACAUAAACCACUUUCAUGAUACUUUUAUGCUUUCGCAUCCUUUUUGGAGUUUAAAAGCUGUGCCAUGAUUCAUUAUAAUUGCAUGAAAACGAGCAUGGGAAACUUUUUAGACUUCACAAUUCAUAUGGGUUUUCUGAGAACUUAUUAACAUCACAUUGUCACAGACCCUUAACUUCACCACUGGUGAAACAUCUCUGAGAUGCCCCAUUUGAAAAUCAUUAUAUAAAUUAGAUUGCAAACCGUUUGUAUGGGGUUUAGCAUUAACCAGAAAACCUCUUAAUUUUACCCCCUUUUUUAGCAUCAGGUGUUUAUGUGCCUUCAUUAAAAAGGUCCAUUAUUUGUUGUAGUACCACAUAAAGAGCUGUUCUUAAUUUUUAUGCCGUGUGGUUCAUUUUCUGUAAAUCCCUUUAUUUAAUAAGGGGUUCAUUGUAAAUAUGUUGUUUAUAUACCAUCUUUCUUGCCAUUUCUCUCAAUUAAGGUUUUUCAUUGUAAAUAUGUGAUAGAUAUCUGCCUACCUGCCAACAUUUGACAUACACUCAGGCACAAUAUCUCUUUGAUUCUCUCUUUUUUGGGGGGGCUUUAAAAAAUCAGUCCAAGAUGUACAACGGCAGGUUGCUUGUAGGAUGCUGAAUGGUUUACACAAGGAGGAACAGCAGCAGCUAUAACAUAUGCGGAUUAUUAGGGCACUAUUUGUGUACUAAAAGAAGACGUUACAAAGAAAUAAAUUGGACCAUAACUGGAGAAACUGUUCUCAGACAACGGAAAUGAACCUAUGAAGGACUGCUACCGGAGGCUUACUGUGACAUUUUCCUUACUUUACGAACUUGAUUUUAAAACCACUUGGACUGGUCUGAAGGAACUAACCAUGAACGCUCAAUCAUAAAUGACUGUUCGUUUUUAUAACAGUAAAAUCUGAUGCCCAGCUUUAUGUUUUUAGAUCUGGUUUUUAUUGUGCCUCCCCUCAUUGACAAAGAAAAAAAGAAAGCAAAAAAAAAAAAACCUUUGCACACCUGUACAAAUGCUUUUCAGCCAUUUUUGCUACGAAUUCAAAGUUGAAUAGCAAAAGAGGGAAGUAAUAAUACUAUGGGCAUGGCAUCUGUAAGAUUUUUUGUUAUGUAUUAUUUGUUCAAGAAAAUGUGUACUUACUGCUUCUUCUUAUCAUACUUUGCUGGGGAGUAAGACUAUGGUGUUCUCUUUUCUCUUUGCACAAGGCCAAUCUCCUUGAAUAUUCCCUUAGUGUUUUCCCUUUCAUUCAGGACAAACAGGCUAUUCAGUUAUUUCAAGGUAUUUUUUUUAUAUCAGACCUUUAUUCAUAUGCUAUUUCAUGAUUUAAUUCUUUCUUUAUUUCUUUUUCUUGGCCUUUAACUUUUGACUUGACAAGUCAUGCAUAUUUGCCCAGUUCAGCCAAACAACAUGUUUGUUUACUACCCUACUACAGAGCUAACAGCCAUUUUAUGGCAAUGCCAUUUUCUUUACGCUGAACUGAUCACAGCGGAUAGUUGGGGGUCAGAGCUUCACCUCUUGGCAUACUGCUUUUUUUGCGUCUGCCUCUUCUUCUCAAUCCUGUGUUAAAGUAUCAUUAUAUUCCAGCUCUAUGCUAGUUUCACUGUCAACAGUUUGAUUUGUUAAAAAUGCAGAAGUUCCUGAAGAAUCUAUUUUGGCCAGGGGUGUCAAGUCGAUUGUUGAUACCAGCUCUGCUUGAACUAAAUGGUGAUCUGUAGUGGACUGUAUGCAGUUGACAUAGGAUAUCUGUUGUUUGGUUAUAGAGCCAAAUUUUUAAUAGCCUCAUUAUACUAAUAGGUUCUUUACAAAGGCCCUCUCACUAUAGUUGUGGUAAGGAAGUUGGUUGUACUAAGUGUAGAAAAUACUUUGACAUUAAUCAUUGUCAGCUUUCAGCAAUAUUACACAGAGCGUAAAGUGGAUUACUCUUCUACAGCAGUUUUUACUUUUCUAAGCUCUUUAGCCUCCUCUUAGUGUUAGAUACUAUGGAAGGAGAUUGGCUUGAAGAGAGCAAAAGAGAUAUGGUUUAAUGCUUUGAAACAAGAUUUUCAUUCCAGCCUCCAUUCUUUUUAAUGGCCUUGGAAUCACAGGAAAGUGGCAAAAGUGAAACUUCUGUAGGCGACUAACUAGUUCCGUUAUAUCAUCGAUCCCUAUUAUGCAUUACUUCUAUGAAACUAUGGUUGCUUUGAGUCCAAAUUUGUAAUGCGUUUCUCAAUUUGUAAUGAACACAUUUAAAAUUAUUACUUCUACACACAAGAGCAAAGUCCUUAAUAAUUACUCAGGACCAAACGUUGUUUUGUCAAGCUUAUUAUUGCCCCUUUAAAUCCAGUGCAAACGACUACAUGCAGUCACCGUGUUUUGAUGUGUCUUUGUAGGUCCUCCUCGUUGGCUUUGCCUGUCUUUGUUCAUGCUCAAAAGAAGCCUAGAGAAAAUCACUCCGAGGGUCUCUGGAGUCAGGAUAAUUGUGCCUCUUAUAUGAAGCUUUUAAGUCGUUUUCUCCCUCUUUGCGCAGAAGAGCACCACACUGCCACGUUUUCCCUCUGAUAUUUUCCGCUUGUUUGUUCUUUUCUCUCAAAUGUUCUCUGAGUUCUGGUUUGACAGCGGGGUGGAAAACACGGCAGGAUUGCCGGAGACAGACUGCAGGAUGGAUAACUGCAAUUGUUUAGAACUAGAGAAGACAAUAAAAGGGCCCAUUUCUGCGCUUCUCCAACACGCAGCCCAUGGGCUUUGAUAACCUAAUCAAGGCAUAAAUCUUUAUAUUAUACUGUGAUUGAGAGGUAAAAACAUGCAUUGAGUGAAGAAACAAGUGCAGGAGAGAGGGGUUAACUCUGAACGAGAUCAUCAAAGUGAGUCAGAGAAUGUCGGUAUGAUGAUGAAAAACACAUUAAACACUCAGGAUCAGGAGGAGACAGUAAAUCAGGGCUGGAGAUGAUGCAGCAAGUGUGUAGGAGUACUUUGAGAGGAGAGAGAAACAGAGGACUCAAGCUGCUUCAACCUGAUAAUGACUGGAGCCUUGAAUGAAUAAAUAUCUGCAAUGCUAUGAAGGGAAGGGGGCUACCUUAGAUGAUUAGAGUGUGUAAAUUGCUUUUGCGCACCGAUUUAGGUCCAAAUGUUUAUCUGGUUCAUUGGUUCAGAUCAAAGAAAUAGUUCACCCAAAAAUGAAAACAAUCACCCUCUAGGGUUUUGUUUUGUUUUGUUUUAUUCCACAGAAGAAAGCAAGUUAGUCACAUUUCGCAAUGUAAAUAAUGUCCGAAUUGUCAUUUUUGGAUGAACUAUUAACAGCUUUGCUCUUUCCUCUCAGAAUUCAUGGGAAAUGUUUCAAAUACACAUGGGCAUAUCAAAGGAGCUAACUAGAAUUUUCCCAGCAAUUCACGCCAGGAGAUCACACCAGUUAAUCCUCUCCAUCACUCACUUCUCAAUUAAAUUCAGACUCCAUCAGCUUGCUGUCCUUGUAAUCUUUCACUCAUUCCCUCUGUACUCUCACUCUCCGUUUACAGGCCAACAUAUCAAGAUAUCACUGGAGCAUCAGUCCCAGACACUGAGGAUGGGAGUGAUGCUCCAGUAACAUGCUGUAAAGAGGAACAGAGAACAUUUAAUAAAGCCACUAGGACUCAGACUUUAUUUGUUUGUUUUGAUGGCUGGUACAACAGUAUUGUUGGGCUUUAUACCAGUAUACUAUUUUCUUGCAACUGCAAUUAUCCAACAAUAUUGCUUACAGAGAAAUUAAGAAUGGCAUUUAUGUGAAGGGGACCCUUCGUUACAAUAAUGUGACAACAUUUUUAAUAUAAAACAGCUUCUUGUUAACCCCAUUGGGAGUAUUUUUUGUUUGUUUGUUUUAAACACAAGUCCAGCAUGUUUUCAUAUAGAGGGUCUUAUGCACUAAUGAAGAGAAUUCAAAUUUUGUGUCAAAUUUUUUUUGAGGAUUCACAGAGCGUGACUUUGGCAGUUCAUAAAGCGGGUAGAAAUUGCAUAGUAGGAGUUUGAGGGGGUGGUGUUUGGGUCUACCCUGACAUUUAUUUUAUUAUUUUUACAAUCAACUUUGACACUCAAAUAAUGUGUUUUGCUGAACUUGAGGGUAAAAUGUACAGAAGGGUGACCCAAGGGCUUUUUUUGUUUUGUCUUAAUCAUCCACUAUAAUGAUCUUCUCACAUGAUGAUGGCAUGCGGUUAGUGGGUCUGUCUAUGUGCUCUUGAGCAUCUCUGAGCCCUCACCUGUCCCAAAAUACGGCUCAGGAACUUUUAAGACAGUUAUUAGCUUGCAUCUUCUUUUCUUCUCAUUUUCUUUAGUAGCCCUCCUUUCACAAAUAUGAUUUCCUGUUCCCAAAAAGACAGGGGGUAAAUAGUAGACAUAUAGCUAUAUUUGUGAAUUUCAAACUUUGUAAAAAGAUCGAAGUUGUUUUUUUUGUUUUGUUUUGUUUUUUUUGUCACUGAAGUUCUAGUUGUUAUUGUUAUUAUUAUGUUUGGGGGUGGGGAGGGUGGUUUCGGGUGAUAUUAGGGUAAAAUGUAUAGCUUUCGACUGGGUUAAUGCAGUGAUCCACGUUAUCCAGAUCUGAUUCAAUCUGAGGCCAUAGAAAGUGGCAGAAAAUGAAACAAAGUGUUAUGUUUGCAUGAUUUCCUGUAUUUUUCAAAGAGAUGAAUUAUAUUGUUGUGUAUAUUGAGUGGAUAUAUGUUGCAAACAAAGCAAAAAUUAGGCAUUGAAAUACUGUCAGAACUUGCCAUCAUUUUGAGGGAUGAUACAGAGGUUUAUUUAUACCCCAGUGAUGCUGAACUACUUCCAAUGCUGUCACUGAAAUACUUAUUACCGUUUUAAAUCAAGAAAACAAAUGCCCGAAACAAUGCCAUGGGAAAGCUUUGUAUUCUUCCAUAAAAAAAUGGAUUUAUUGGUCAGUGUGGUUUAGUGCCAAAAUAAGGCCUUUAUCGCUUAUGGUUAUUUCUCAUCAAUGAAAAAGAAAAGCGAGAUCCUAGCUGGGUCAAUUCAUCCUUUGCAGAACUCAGUGCCCAGCAGACUCCAGAUCAAUAAAUGAGAGUAUACAGCACAUCCACUACAUUAACCUUGCAGGUGUCCCGCAGUAGCCCCUCGCCUCGGCUAGAGAAAAACAUUCUCCCGUGCACGGCUGCUCAUUGGAUCAAUGAUAAAGUAAACAUCAGCGAAUAAAUGUUUCUGAAAAGCCAGUGGGUGGACUAGUCCACGGAAAGUGAAGGAGAGGUAUUUAGAGAGGGGCUGGUCUGUUCGGGAGGCUUGAGUCUCUGGAGGCUGUAGAGGAUGUCAUUCUCUAUUUGGCCCGACUGAAUGAAGAGGCCUGCAUUGAUUAUUUAAGGCAGAGAGGCCACAACGGCAUGUCUUGAGCCAAACCACAACACCAGGCUAAUCAUGUCUGAACUCUUGCCAAUGGCCCUUCAGUUCAUUCUCCGCUUGGAACACUAUACAUAUAUAAAUAAUAGACUAUAUAUAUAACAUUUAAUUGGCAUGGGAAAAAUAAACAUUUGAUUGAUUUUUUUGAAGUGGGAAGCAAAGUUUUUUUUCCAUGGCAAUGCACAAAACGUCUCCAACUAUUGUACUCAUAAGUAUCUGAACCUUCAGCUAUGGGAUUUGACAGAAUUGUAAAUGAGUUUCAGUGAUUUCAAAGAGCCCUUAUCCACAAUCAGAGAUCAGCUGUAUAUUUCUUUGCCUCUCUUUUUCUAUCUAAGGAAUGGAUCUCAAAAAGGACACAUUUUCUUUGACAUGAAGAGCAAACAAAGCCUCUGAAAUGGUUUACUUACAUUUAUUUUGCUGGUAAUUAUAUCCUACAUCUUCACCACAAAUUCUGUACAAAAGAUCUAUUUCUAUAUUUGCAAUAAAUUUGUAAUAAAAAAAAGCUUCAGAUGCAUUAACUGGUUUAUUUAUUUUCACACACCCUUGAGAAUGCAUUGGUAUUCUGCAACUCUCAUCUUAUCUUUUUUGUUUGACCAUGUAGAGUUAUGAUUGCUAUUGAAAGCUUCUAAGUGACUCUUUUGAUCAUUGCUUGAAUCCCAGAUAAACAAGAGUGAGAAAUGUAAUACAUACAGAACACCUUCAGAGCCUUUUUGGUGCAAAUGUGUGUUUGCUUUGCAGCUUAUUCUGGCCAAAGCUGCCCACUUGAACAAGAGAGGCUAUUUGACCAACAUGCACAAUAUCUAACCAUAGCCAAUUUUAUAUGUGAUGUUCUAAGAGUAACCUUAAUUCAGUGAUUUCAGUGGUUGAUCAUUUAAAUAAUGGCAGAGCAAUCAUCAUUGUGCCAACGGCACUAAAGAAAUUAUUGGAAAAUAUGUGAACUUUGUCCUCACCAUUUGAAUAAAUGCCAGAUUAUAAUGCUCCUUUUCAUCAUAUUAUUAUCAUUUGCUGAAUUUUAAUAUGACUGAAUGCAACUUCGUGUCCCAGAGGACCAAAGAAAUCAUUUGCACCCUGACUUACUAUAAAUGUGUAAAAAUUGAGAGAGCUGUUGUCAUUUUCUAUAUGGUUUGUGAAUUGAUGAGAUCAAACAGCUAAGGAAUUCCGUAUAAGCAUAAAUGUUUUCAUUGUCAGUUAUCAUUGUUUGAGAAAAAUCUCUGUCUGUAGUCUGUUGCACUUGAAGGGAAAACAUUCAUCCC